AAUCAACGUAGUUCCGAAAAAUUUAUAUAAAAUCAUCAAAAACUAGUUUGUGUUCUUCAAAACAUUCUAAGCAUUCCUGGUUGUUGAGAGCUAUGGCGAAAGUGAGGGCAAUUCAAGUUUGGAUCUUUACAGUGGUGGUGGUGAUCUCGGCAUUGGUAUCGAUCUCCGAGUGUGCGAAGAAGCCAGUGACUGUGGCGAGGAAGGAAGACAUUCCCUUCAUCAAAUGCCAGGUCUGUGAGAAGCUCGCAGCUCAGUUGCACCACCAAGUUGAGAAGAAGAGAGCUGAGGUCGAACCCAAGAAGAUCUCGGAGUAUCAGAUUAUUGAGAUUACGGAGAAUGUUUGUAAUCUGAAGAAGGCGGAGGCGGAUUGGAUUUUGCUGAUUGAUAUAGUUGAACAAGGAGAUAAGUUGCAGCUGGUCGAACAAGAAUCUGAAGGACAAUGCAAUUCCGAAUGCAAGACGAUCGAGCGAGCCUGUCAGGAGGUUCUGGGGUAUUCUGAUACUGAUGUUGCUGAAUAUCUAUACAAAUCCAAACCCGACAUUGAUUCCUUGGUUAAUUAUCUAUGCAAAGACCUUACUACAGCAUGCAGUGCCAAGCCUCCCCCAGUUCCUAAGGGUAGGACUCCUGGAGAAGUUUUUGUGCCCAAGUCAUCAAAAGAGGCUGAAAUGGAAAAAAUAUUGAAAUCUAUGGAGGGUAUGCCAGGAGCCCCAGGCAUGAAAAUGUACUCAAGAGAUGAUUUAAUGAACAUGAAAAACUUUGGCGGCGAAGAUGGUGAUGACGAAGAUGAUGAUGACGAAGACGACACUCAAUUUCCCUCAAAAUUGGGAAGGGCUUUGAGAGACAAAGAAAAUACAAAGAGUGAUUUGAAACAGAAGAUCACCCAUGGAAUUAUAAAGACCAAGGACACACUAAAGAAGCAUGCAAACAAGGUCUCUAACUGGUUACGGCAAAGGUGGAGGGGACUCAAAAAGACAGCUUCAAAGAAGAGUACAAAGGCCGGCAAGGCAGAGCUUUAGACCACUGAAUCACACUACUAUAGGAAUUGUAUUAGAGCCAUUACAUUUUUGUUAAAAUUGUAUCAAUAUGAUUUUGCCAUUGCCAACAAGUAGGAAGUUGAGGGAGAAUUACGGUUUCGUUGAGUUCUUGUUUCCAUCACACCAAGAA